AUGAAUACAAUAAGUAUUCUGAGGGUUGUUUUCACCUUAGCUAUACUAUUUAUAGGAACAAGUGUUGAGGACAAAAAGGAAAUAGGAAAACGUUUUGACUUGUUGUUAGCAGCAUUUUAUGGCAACAUUGGGCAAGUACAGUUACUUAUUAAAGAAUUCGGAGCCAUAAAUCAUGUUGACGGUAAUGGUAAUACACCACUUUUACUUGUAGCGUAUAAUGGACAACAUGAGGUUGUUAAAUUAUUACUUCAUUUAGGAGCUGACAUAAACCAUACAAACCAACAAGGUGACACUGCUUUACAUUUAGCAUACCUUGGUGGCCAUUUCAGCGUAGUAGACAUUCUACUGAAUAGGUCUGCUGAAAUAAUUGGAGUUGAUAUUAUUAGUGGCAAACAAAUAAUCGCUGCGACAUGUAAUGUUUUGAAAAACAUACUGAGUUGUGGAAUUAAUACAAAAUGUAUAUCAGUAAACACAUUUUACAAUUUAGAAUUCGCUGUUAAAAAGCUGAAUAAUACUGAAAUGACGAUUGUAUCUCUAGAGUCUCCGUUGGUAGUGUCUCUAUUGGAAAAAGUUCAAGAUGUAAACUACACCUUAAGAAAUGGACAGAACUCACUUUUGUUAGCCUCACAAAAAGGAUAUUAUAAAGUAGUAGAAAUGUUACUUAGAAAUGUAGCAGACAUAGACCAUGUAGAGCAGAGGAAGUGGAAUGCAUUAAUGUUUGCAUCUCGUAACGGACAUGAUAAAGUGGUAGAUAUGUUACUUAAAAGCGGAGCAGAUUUGAAGCUAGGAAACAAUAUUAGCCGUGAUGCAUUCGUUAUUGCCUGUGAGUUUGGUCAUGAAAAAGUUGUAGAUAUUUUACUCAAACACGGAGCCAACAUAAGUCAAACUUAUCAAACUGGGUGGAAUGGAUUAAUUGUUGCAUCUGAAAAUGGGCAUGACAAAGUGGUUGAUAUAUUACUUAGAAAUGGAGCGGACGUAAAUCAUAUAGAUCAUAGAAAAUGGAAUGCAUUAAUGUUUGCAUCUCAAAACGGACACGAUAAUGUAAUAAACCUUCUACUUAAGCAUGGAGCAAACGUAAACGCUGUCGAAGAACACGAAUGGAAUGCAUUAAUGUUUGCAUCUCAAAAUGGGCAUGACAAAGUGGUUGAUAUAUUACUUAGAAAUGGAGCAGACGUAUAUCAUUUAGAACAUAGAAAAUGGAAUGCAUUAAUGUUUGCAUCUCGUAACGGACAUGAUAAAGUGGUAGAUAUGUUACUUAAAAGCGGAGCAGAUUUGAAGCUAGUAAACAAUAUUGGCCGUGAUGCAUUCGUUAUUGCCUGUGAGUUUGGUCAUGAACAAGUUGUAGAUAUUUUACUCAAACACGGAGCCAACAUAAGUCAAACUUAUCAAACUGGGUGGAAUGGAUUAAUGAUUGCAUCUCAAAACGGACGCCUUAAUGUAAUCAACCUUCUACUUAAGAAUGGAGCAAACGUAAACGCUGUCGAAGAACAGGAAUGGAAUGCAUUAAUGAUUGCAUCUCAAAAUGGGCAUGACAAAGUGGUCGAUAUAUUACUUAGAAAUGGAGCAGACGUACAUCAUUUAGAAAAUAGAAAAUGGAAUGCAUUAAUGAUUGCAUCUCAAAACGGACAUGCAAAUGUAAUCAACUUUCUACUUAAACAUGGGGCAGAUAUAAACAGUGUUGAAGACGACGGAGAAAAUGCAUUAAUGAUAGCAUCUCGAAAAGGACAUGAACAUGUUUUAUUUGGUUAG